AUGAAAUUAAUCAAAAUUUUAUCGAAAAUUAAUCAAUUAUCAAAAAGAAGUUUUCCUUCUCCUUAUCCUAUUUAUUCUUUAUAUUCUUUAAGAAAUAAUAAUAUAGUUCGACAACAACGACAAAAAAUAUAUUCUUCUAUACUUCUUAAAGUUAAUAAAGUCAAGAAUAGAAAAUCAAAAUUUAUAUCAACAAAAAUUAUUUCAAAUAUCAGACAAAACGAGCAAAACCAGGAUAAUCUAACGAUAAAAAGAGUGACAAAUCAAGUAGUAGAUCAAGAUCCAGAAUUACCACCAGUUGAACUUCGAAUUGUUGAUAUUGCGAUAGAUAGGAUGAUGGGAUUUGAAUUUUGUAAUAAGAUUAAUGAAUAUUUAACCUUACAAGGAGUAGAUUCAAGUAAUAUUCAUAAGAUUGAAUCAAAUCCGGAUAAAUCAAAACAUUUGGAAACCGCCACAACAAAAUUAUUUGGGAAUGAAAUUGAUUUUGUAAAUUUAAGAAACGAGGAGUAUAAUGAUUUUAAUAGGAUCCCUGAUAAAAUUACAUUUGGAACACCAGAGCAAGAUGCAUAUCGUAGAGAUGCGACAGUAAAUGCUUUAUUUUAUAAUAUAAAUACUGAUGAGAUCGAAGAUUUUACAAAGAAGGGAAUUCCAGAUUUAAUUAAAGGAAUAAUCAGAACACCACUUCCUGCCUAUGAAACAUUUAGAGAUGAUCCAUUACGUAUAAUAAGAUUAAUUCGAUUUGCUAGUCGAUUUCAUUUUGAAAUUAUAGAUGAUAUUGUGAAUUCCGUUAAAGAUGAGAAAAUUAAAGAAGCUCUUAAGUUAAAGAUAAGCCGUGAACGUUUCGGACAAGAAUUAAAUAAAAUGUUUAAAGGACCGGAUCCAGUUUCAUCCAUAGAACUCAUUUGUAAACUUGGAUUAUAUGAAAUAAUCUUUUGUCCAAUUCCCGAUUAUACUCAAAUAAGGAAUUUGGGAAAUUUUGAUGAUCUUUCAAAUGCGGACAAUGAGAUGGUGGAAAAAUUAAUUAAUAAUAUUGAUAUUAUAAUGGAUAAAGUUAAAAAAAAUGAAGAGAUAAUAUUGGAUAGAAAGCCUAUGGGAUUAUUAAUUCGUGAAUUAAAAGACAAAUGGUUAAACUCGAUUAUAAUCACGUUGGCAUAUGAAUUGAUGCCAGAAUUUGAUAACAUUCAAAAGGAAUUAUGGGAUAAACCUAAUGAAAUUAUACGUAAAUAUAAUAAUUUUAUUUCUCGCAUAUAUGAUUUGGGUUUACAAGAAUGUGAAGUGAUUAAAUUAUUAAAUAUUAAACCAGGUAUAAUUAUGAAACAAAUAUUAAAUUCAGUAAUAGAAUGGCAAUUAGAAAAUCCUAAUGGAAGUAAAGAACAAUGUGAAAAAUAUAUAAAAGAUUUACCAUUACCAUCUACUGAUAAAUCGAUAAAUUAA